AUGGCAAACGCCUUCCGUUCCGCGCGCCUCCUUUAUCGGGCGGUAGAAGACCAGGAUGAGGACUUCAUCCUUUCAGUCGAGUCGGACCCAAACAUCAGCGGCAACGCCAAUGCCGACCUUCUGAAACCAGCGAGCAAACGGAGCGUAAAGGGCCUCGUCCACUUCAUGCAAGAAACUGCCCUCCUCGGCGUCAUCAUCUGCCUGCAGCCGUGCCCGGACCGGUCCGAAUCCUCCUCUCCAGACGUUGACCCAGCCAGCUCUGUCGCCUUCACCAACCGCUGCCAACGCAGCGGCAGGAGCAAUGGCCGCUCUUCCGCCGGCUCGCGCAAUGCAACCCCCAUCGGCUACGUCAGCUUGUCACACGAGCUCGGCCCUUCCAAUCCGCACCACCGGAGCGCAGCCAUCGGCAUCAGCAUCGCCGCCUCUUUCCAGAGCCAGGGUCACGGCAGCGAGGCAAUCAACUGGAUCCUGGACUGGGCCUUUGAAGUUGCUGGCCUGCACCGCGUGUCCAUCACAAGUUUUGCGUACAACGAAGGCGCCGGCCGCCUGUAUCAACGGCUGGGCUUUUCGCUCGAGGGCCGGAGACGCGAAGCUCUCUGGUUCCGUGGCCGCUUCCACGACAUGCUGCUCUUCUCCAUGCUCAGACACGAAUGGGAAAAGCGGAGCAACCGUGUUUGA